GGUAUUCCUUGUGUGGAUUUCCGGCUCAGAAUGUCGGACUCAGAAAGUGAUGAAGAACGACCCUUUUCCCUUGCUGGCUUUCUUUUUGGAAACAUUAAUGAAGAUGGGCAGUUGGAAGACGACUCCGUGCUGGAUAAGGAAUCAAAGAAACAUCUGGCGGGACUGGGUGCCCUGGGCCUCGGGAAUCUAAUUACAGAGAUCACAUCCAGUGUGGAUGAAGCAGCAGAGACCGAAGGAGUCAGCUUGGAUGAUGAUGGCUGGGUUAAGAGUACCGAUGAUGCUGUUGAUUACUCAGACAUUAAUGAAGUGGCAGAGGAUGAAUCACGCCGAUACAAACAGGCUAUGGGUUCUCUCCAUCUUUCCCGAAGAGCAGAUGAUGAUGAUGACGACUAUGAUGCAGACUGUGAAGAUAUUGAUUCCAAGCUGAUGCCUCCACCACCACCUCCCCCUGUCUCGGGCAAAAAGGAGGAGGAUAAAAACUCCCCACCUCUAGCCCCUGAGGAAGGCGAUGGAAUUAUUCUUCCUUCCAUUAUCGCUCCAUCAUCUGCUGCCUUGGAUAAAGUAGAUUUCAGCAGUUCCUCGGAUUCCGAAUCUGAGAUAGGCCCACAAGAAAGAGGACAAGAAAGUGGAAAGGAGCGCAAGCUCACCCUGCCACUUGCUGGCAUAAUGCAACGGGAUACCACCAAGGAACUUCCCAAUGUUACUGAGCUUUUUCCAGAGUUCAGGCCUGGCAAGGUGUUGCGUUUUCUUCGACUCUUUGGACCUGGUAAGAAUGUCCUCUCAGUGUGGCGCAGUGCUCGGAGAAAACGGAGGAAAAAACACAGGGAAAUGACACAAGAAGUCCCAGUAAAGGAAGGUGAAGAGCCAGAAGCUGUACCAGAAAAGAAAUCUUGUUGGGAAUAUGAGUAUGCCCCUGCACCUCCACCAGAGCAGUGUCUGUCUGAUGACGAGAUAACCAUGAUGGCACCUGUAGAGUCCAAGUUCUCACAAGCUUCAGGGGACACGGAUAAGGUGGCAGAUACAAAACCCAAAGUGGCAGAGUGGCGCUAUGGACCAGCUCAGUUGUGGUACGAUAUGCUUGGAGUGCCAGAAGAUGGAAGCGGGUUUGAUUAUGGAUUUAAACUAAAAGAAAGUGAUGACGAUUAUAUCAAAGAAUCACCAGAGAUUAGCGAAAAUCCCUCCCAGAAGACAGGAACCACAGAUGAAAACCCCGAUAACCAGUUCCAAGAUGAACAUUUCCUGAUGGUGACACAGCUACAGUGGGAAGAUGAUGUUAUCUGGAAUGGGGAAGAUGUGAAGCACAAAGUGACUAAAACGCAGAGAGCUAGUUUGGCAGGAUGGCUUCCAUCUAGUAUGACCAGAAAUGCAACUGCCUACAACGCCCAGCAAGGGUUGAAUCGCACUGGAUCUCUCUUAAGUCUGCCAGCACCACUUGUCCAAAAACCAAGCAUGCCGGGAGUACUGAUCCCUUCUAAAGGGAAGGAUAAGCAUCCUCCGGAGCAGCAGGCAUCUAUAGAGGAAGACCGCCCUUGGUUUUCCAUUUUCCCCAUAGAUAAUGAAGAACUAGUCUAUGGGCGGUGGGAAGAUAAUAUCAUCUGGGAUGACCAAGCCAUGGAUAGGAUACUGGAACCUCCUGUCUUAACUUUAGACCCUAAUGAUGAAAAUAUUAUUCUGGAAAUUCCUGAUGAGAAAGAAGAAACGACAUCCAGUUCUCCCUCUAAGGAAAGUAAGAAGGAGUCCUCCUUAAAGAAAAGCCGCAUCUUGCUUGGGAAGACUGGGGUAAUCAAAGAAGAGCCCCAGCAGAAUAUGUCCCAGCCAGAGGUGAAGGAUCCGUGGAAUUUAUCCAACGAUGAGUUUUACUAUCCAAAACAACAAGGUUUAAGAGGAACCUUUGGAGGGAACAUCAUUCAGCACUCUAUUCCCGCUGUGGAGCUCAGACAGCCUUUCUUUCAAACGCACAUGGGGCCGAUGAAACUCCGAACGUUCCACCGUCCUUCGCUGAAGAAAUACUCGUUUGGUGCGCUCUCGCAACCCGGAGCUCAUUCCGUUCAGCCGCUUCUGAAACAUAUCAAGAAGAAGGCAAAAAUGCGGGAGCAGGAACGCCAGGCCUCAGGUGGAGGAGAGAUGUUCUUUAUGCGCACAUCACAAGACCUUACUGGCAAAGAUGGGGAUCUAAUCCUGGCAGAGUACAGUGAAGAAAAUGCCCCCUUGAUGAUGCAAGUUGGCAUGGCAACAAAGAUAAAGAACUAUUACAAAAGGAAACCUGGAAAAGACCCUGGAGCACCAGACUGCAAAUAUGGAGAAACCGUUUACUGUCACACCUCUCCUUUCCUUGGAUCCCUGCAUCCUGGACAGUUACUGCAGGCCUUCGAAAAUAAUCUGUUUAGGGCUCCAAUCUACUUGCACAAAAUGUCUGAAUCGGACUUCCUAAUUAUCCGCACACGGCAGGGCUAUUACAUUCGAGACUUGAUUGAUAUAUUUGUUGUUGGGCAGCAGUGUCCUCUGUUUGAAGUUCCUGGACCCAACUCCAAGCGUGCCAACACGCAUAUACGUGAUUUCCUACAAGUUUUCAUAUACCGCCUGUUUUGGAAAAGUAAGGACCGUCCUCGUAGGAUUCGUAUGGAGGACAUAAAGAAAGCCUUUCCUUCUCAUUCUGAAAGCAGUAUUAGAAAAAGAUUGAAGCUGUGUGCGGACUUUAAGAGAACAGGAAUGGACUCAAAUUGGUGGGUAUUAAAACCGGACUUCCGCUUACCAACUGAAGAAGAGAUUCGUGCCAUGGUGUCUCCUGAACAGUGCUGUGCUUAUUAUAGCAUGCUUGCUGCAGAGCAGCGGCUCAAGGAUGCUGGGUAUGGAGAAAAAUCAUUCUUUGCUCCUGAUGAAGAGAACGAGGAAGACUUCCAAAUGAAAAUAGAUGACGAGGUGCGCACUGCCCCGUGGAACACUACUCGCGCGUUUAUUGCCGCAAUGAAAGGGAAAUGCCUCCUUGAGGUUACAGGAGUGGCGGAUCCAACUGGAUGUGGAGAAGGCUUUUCCUAUGUCAAGAUUCCUAACAAGCCAACACAGCAAAAGCAGGAUGAUAAGGAGCCUCAACCAGUGAAAAAGACUGUAACCGGAACAGAUGCAGAUCUUCGCAGACUCUCCCUGAAAAACGCCAAGCAGCUGCUACGCAAGUUCGGCGUUCCAGAGGAAGAGAUUAAGAAAUUAUCCCGUUGGGAGGUGAUAGAUGUCGUACGCACAAUGUCAACAGAACAGGCACGUUCUGGUGAAGGCCCGAUGAGUAAAUUUGCUAGAGGCUCCCGCUUCUCAGUGGCUGAACAUCAGGAGAGAUACAAAGAGGAAUGUCAGAGGAUCUUUGAUCUUCAGAAUAAAGUUUUGGAAUCUGCUGAAGUUUUGUCCACUGACACAGAUAGUAGCUCUGCAGAAGACAGUGAUUUUGAAGAAAUGGGAAAGAAUAUUGAGAACAUGCUUCAGAACAAGAAAACCAGUUCUCAGCUCUCACGUGAGCGUGAAGAGCAGGAAAGGAAGGAGUUACAAAGAAUGCUAAUGGGUGAAGACAAUGGCAAUGAUAAAGAUAGAGGCAAAAGGGACAAAAAAGACAGGAAGGGAUUACCUACAGGGUCGGCAGCUGCAGGUUCUCACAAGGACGAUGACACAGCUUCUGUGACAAGUUUAAAUUCAGCUGCAAGUGGCCGCCGGCUAAAAAUCUACCGCACGUUCAGAGAUGAAGAUGGCAAAGAAUACGUUCGAUGUGAGACCGUGCGCAAGGCUGCUGUUAUUGAUGCUUACAGCCGAAUCCGCACCACCAAAGAUGAUGAGUUUAUCCGGAAAUUUGCCCUGUUUGAUGAACAACAUCGAGAAGAAAUGAGGAAAGAGAGGAGGAGGAUUCAGGAACAACUCCGUAGACUGAAACGCAACCAAGAAAAGGAGAAGCUCAGGGGUCCACCUGAGAAAAAGCCCAAAAAAAUGAAGGAGCGGCCAGAUCUCAAGCUAAAGUGUGGAGCAUGUGGGGCCAUAGGACACAUGAGAACAAACAAGUUCUGCCCGCUUUAUUACCAAACCAACGCUCCACCAUCUAAUCCUGUAGCCAUGACUGAAGAGCAGGAAGAGGAGCUGGAGAAGAUAGUUAUUCACAAUGAUAACGAAGAACUGAUUAAGGUCGAGGGAACUAAAAUUGUUUUAGGAAAGCAGCUGAUUGAAAGUGCUGAUGAGGUCCGAAGGAAGUCUUUAGUCCUGAAAUUUCCUAAACAGCAGUUGCCACCAAAGAAGAAACGUAGAGUUGGCAGCACAGUGCAUUGUGAUUACCUCAAUCGCCCACACAAGUCUAUUCAUCGAAGAAGGACGGAUCCCAUGGUUACCCUUUCGUCUAUACUGGAGUCAAUAAUUAAUGACAUGAGAGACAUGGCUAAUACCUAUCCAUUCCACAGUCCAGUCAAUGCGAAAGUUGUGAAAGAUUAUUACAAGAUUGUAACAAAUCCAAUGGAUCUCCAGACUUUACGGGAAAAUGUGCGAAAACGAAUGUAUCCAUCCAGAGAAGAGUUUCGUGAGCAGGUGGCGCUGAUUGUAAAAAACAGCAUUCUCUACAAUGGACCAAAACACUCGUUGACCCAGAUAUCACAGGUCAUGUUGGAAUUGUGUGAUGAGAAACUGAAAGAGAAAGAAGACAAGUUGGCAAGACUUGAGAAAGCCAUUAACCCUUUGCUGGAUGAUGACGACCAAGUUGCCUUUUCCUUUAUCUUAGACAACAUUGUUACUCAGAAGAUGAUGGCCGUGCCAGAUUCAUGGCCUUUCCAUCACCCUGUGAAUAAAAAGUUUGUUCCAGAUUAUUAUAAAGUUAUUACCCAUCCAAUGGACCUGGAGACAAUACGACAAAAUAUUUCCAAACACAAGUACCAAAAUCGUGAACGCUUCUUUGCGGAUGUCAACCUAAUUUGUACCAACAGCGUGAAGUAUAAUGGACCAGACAGUCAGUACAGCAAAACCGCCCAGGAGAUUGUCACUGUUUGUGACCAGACUCUAGUUGAGUAUGAUGAGCACCUGACCCAACUGGAAAAAGACAUUUCAACCGCCAAAGAGGCAGCCUUGGAUGAGGCAGAUCUGGAGAGCUUGGAUCCAAUGACUCCUGGACCUUACACACCUCAGCCACCUGACUACUAUGACGCAAACACCUCACUCAGCAUGUCUCGUGAUGCCUCAUUGUACCAGGAUGAAAGCAACAUGUCUGCCACUGAAGCUGCUACAGGCACACUAGAGAAAAGGGGGCUGAUACGUUUAGGAAGGGGUCGUUUGGGUGAAGAUGAUUCUGAUGUUGACAUAGAAGGGUUUGAAGAUGAUGAUGAUGACGAUGAUGAUGACGGAAAGCCCAAAACCCCAGCACCUGAAGUUGAAGAUGGGGAUGGUGACUUGGCUGAGGAAGAUGAGAAUUCUGUGCAACAGCCCCAAGCCAGCGUACUUUAUGAGGAUUUGUUGAUGUCAGAUGGAGAAGAUGAUGACGGAAGUGAUGAGGAAGGCGACAAUCCCUUUUCCUCUAUCCAGCUUAGCGAGAGUGGUAGCGACUCAGAUGUUGAGUCUGGAGGGAUCAGACCUAAACAGCCUCACAUGGUACAAGAGAAUACUAGAAUGGGGAUGGAAAAUGAAGAAAGCAUGAUGUCUUAUGGAGAAGGACCAGAAACCUCACAAGUCAUGGAAGACAGUAACAUUAGUUACGAAAGUUAUGAAGAACCAGAUCCCAAGUCUAAUACUAGAGACACAAGCUUCAGCAGUGUAGGAGGUUAUGAGCUGUCCGAGGAAGAGGAGGAUGAAGAAGAGGAGCGUCAUGGACCUAGCGUACUCAGCCAAGUACAGUUAUCCGAGGAUGAAGAUGAUAGUGAAGAAUUCCGAUCUAUUGGUGGAGACAGCGAGGUAGACUCAGAGAACGAGUAAUGUUUUGAGGACGAUGUCCAACGUAUGGUGGUGUUCUUGACACUAAAUCACAAACUGUAUCAGAUCUAUUAUCUGUAAAAUUUAAACUAGAUCUCAAUACUCAAUGACUUGGCAGUUUUACAUGGCACAGUCCCACAGCAUUCUCAGUCAGACUGAGUGAAAUGUCUUCCUUAUUUUCAUUUUGAAUGCACCCUGAAGUCCAUUACUGGAGUUUGAAGGAUCUGGAACAGAAGUCUUCUUUUUAUAACUCCAGUAACUUAAGAAGAAUGUCUUUAUAAGCUGUCUCUUGUGGCAUGCAUAGUCUCGAUGUGAAGGAUGCUCAUUGAGGUAUAAUUGUUUUGCUGGAUCUGAUUGGUUAACCCUUUCGGCAUCAGUUAUCCUUAAAUAUUGUUCUGUAUCAGAAGUCCAUCCUUACCAGUGUAUCAUCGUUUCAAUCUACAGUUGUGGAAAUGUUAGCUUGUAAAUAUAUGCUUCAUUUUAUUGAAGACUGUGAAACAAAAAAUUGUUAUAUAUGUCUGUUUCUUGUAAUAAUAAAGGGAUCACAAAACCUUUUAAGAACUA